AUGAAGCGCACCCAGGGGCGCUCGCAGCGGCGCCACCACCGUCAUGGCCGCGAGGGAGCCGCGAGGCUGACGGAGCCGGAGGCGAGRCCCGGGGCGCGGAAAGGCGGCGCUUGGGCGGCCGCCCGCCCCGCUCCGCCCCCCGGCAGGCCUAGUUGUUGGGCGCGGGCGCUGGGYGCGCGGCACUGCGGGCACGGGUCGGCGCGGAGCAGCAUGGCGUACCCGGGGCAGGCAGGUGUCGGGCGCUACCGGGGCGGCGCGAGCGAGCGGGCGGGAUACGGAGCAGCUCCAGGAGGACCGGCGUUCCCAGGCCAAGCUCAGGAUCCCAUGUAUGCCAGCUUCACUGCGGUAGCCGGGCCGGAUGGACAGAUAGAUGCUGAUGAGCUGCAGAGAUGCCUGACUCAGUCAGGGAUUGCAGGAGCAUAUAAACCUUUCAACUUGGAGACUUGCAGACUCAUGAUCUCGAUGCUGGAUAAAGAUAGGUCUGGCUCAAUGGGAUUUACUGAGUUUAAGGAACUGUGGGCCGUGAUCAACGGCUGGAUGCAGCACUUCAUGACCUUCGACAGCGACAGAAGCGGCUCGGUGGAUCGUCACGAGCUGGAGAAAGCCUUGACAAGCAUGGGGUUUCGGUUGAGCCCGGCGGCAGUGACGGCCAUCGCGAGGCGAUACAGCACCCAUGGAAGGAUCGCCUUCGAUGACUACAUCGCCUGCUGUGUCAAGCUCCGAGCUCUCACAGACUGUUUUAGAAUGAGGGAUGUAUCUCAGCAAGGUUUUGUGAACUUCCAGUAUGAUGACUUCAUACAGUGUGUGAUGGGCAUCUAAGUCAAAAGAAGCUUCAGCAGAAGCCGUGGAUGCUCAUGAGGACCAUUCCAGUUUGUCUUGUGCUUUGCCAAAAGUUACCAUGAUUGUGUAUCUUAAAACUGUAACUUGCUAAUUUUAUAAUGUUACUGAUGUGCUUGCCUGUAACUUCAGUAAUGGAUAUGAACUAAUAAUGUACUGUCAGCUUUAACUUUCAACCUUUGAUUAUUAAAGAUAUUUUUAUUUUACACAAACUUGUCUCUCUGUAUAACUCAAAUUAUGUAGACAGUAAUUUUUUCUGUAAUGUAUUUACUUAAAACUUUGUAUGAUUCACCAAAAACUUAUGAUUCACCUUCUCACUUGAGCARUAUUGUGUGGAUGAUGAUAUAUAAGAUGAUACAUAUUCUUCUG